UAGCUCGACUCCGUCGUCGUCUGCUGCUCCUUUCCGUGCUGCCGUCUGCUUCCCAGCGCCAAAGGAAAGGCGAGCGUCUGUGAAAUGGCGGAUUUGCUGCGAAGCUCUCGUGCGUUCCCGGCUUUUGAGCAACGGGAUUGAGGUACCCCAAUGGUGAUCCGACUGAGCAACGACGCGUCGCCAUGCCUUCUUUGGAUUACAGUGCAGAAAUGAGCGGCAGUUCGACGAUCGUGCCACCGGAGUGGGUGGUAUGUCGCAUACGCGACCCCACGGUCGAGUUGUUGGUUCUCGAUUGCCGCUCGCCCGACGCUUUCGCUCGGAGCCGUGUCCGAGGAGCCCUGGGCGUCAGCCUACCUGCCUCGGUGCUUAUGUUACGCCGCCUGGCUGACGGCAAGUUGUGCGUAUCAAGCGUGGUGCGCGAACCGAGGUACCGUGAGUGGUUCAAGAGCCGAUACCGCACUGUGCCUAUCGUACUGUAUGACUCCGAGGGACUAGACUCGGAGGGACAAGUAUCCAAUGUAUUGUUACAGCGACUCAGGCAAGACGGAUGUGAAGUUUAUUCUCUCCAAGCAGGCGGGUUCGCCGAGUUCCGUUCCCGCUGCCCUGAAUGGUGCGAAUCCGGGACCAACGACGGGUCUGGUGAUGUCCUAGGCUCUUCCACCCCGACUUCUGCUGCCGCCCUCCUGGGCCUGGAGACCCUCCGCAUCUCCGUGGUGCCGCUCGACCCUCUCGUAACGGGAGACGUCGAGGACCGCUGCGACAGCGGCCUGGCUCGCGACGACAGCCCUAGCGGGGCUGCUGAUCCUCCUUUUCCCGUCCAGAUCAUACCCUUUCUUUUCCUCGGGAACGAAGAGAACUCGACGGAUCUUGAGGCCUUGGAGCGCAACAAUAUCCGCUAUGUUCUCAACGUGACGCACAACCUUGCCAACGCCUUCGAGGGUCUCGACCGGGGCAUCAAGUACAUGAAGAUUCCCAUCGAGGACCACUGGUCGCAGAACCUAUCCAGCUUUUUUCCGCAAGCCAUAGCCUUCAUAGACGAAGCGCGACAAAAGCGAGUGGGUGUCCUGGUUCACUGCCUGGCCGGAGUCUCCCGAUCGGUGACUGUCACACUGGCCUACCUGAUGCAGAAACACAAGAUGCCCCUCAAUGACGCGUACGACUUCGUCAAGAAGCGCAAGGCGAACAUAGCCCCCAACUUCAAUUUCCUCGGCCAGCUACUGGACUUCGAAAACCUGCUCAAUCUCAAGCCUUCCCACUGUUUCUGCGGUGGCAGCCCUGCCUCGAGUGACGAAGGUAUCGUCAGACCCACGUCUUGCCGGUGCCGAACUCUUCACUUCACGUCACCCACCAGGACGACCCCCGAUUCCGGCAUAGACUUGGAUAGGUGGACAUAGCAGAUGAGCAGCGGCGCUGGCGGCCGCCAUUUUGACUUCGCUGCCAGCGCCGCGGUGCCCUCUCUCGAGGAGGAAGAGGAGCGCCAAUGAGAUCGCGGAAGCGCGGAACGAAUAUCGUUUUUGAAAACGCGAGCCAUGCAAGAUUGUACGACGCGCAAUAGGGCCGUGCCGGUGCAUGGGACUUUGGUUGUCAGGGGCGUUCCCGGGAUGUUUUGGGUGCAGAAGUGACGUCCGGGCAGGUUCAUCUGACCUGCGAUGUAUUUCGAUGCUAUCUUCCAAGUUGUGUAGGAUUGGGAUUCCAGCACUGUUACACAGUCCCAACACACUCCUUUACGUAAUUUCGGAUGUCGCAGAACACGUGAAAUAGUCUCGUGCCUCUCGUGCUGGCUAGCCUGUGGUAGUCAGAGCGAGUAUGCUCGCGCAAAUUGAGAUACAAGCAUUUGACUUUUUAGAGCAGUAUUCUGAACACCUCAUUGAACCGUGCUGACAUUCCCCCGAUGAAGGAUGAAAUGUUCAACAAACGGACGCAAUGCUCCAAGCUUGUGCCUCCAGGACCUGCGAUUUACAAGUGGUCCAGACAUUAUUUUUAACUGUUCACGUUGAUCCUUAAUAUGUUCUAUACAUUCCAAAGGUUAACGAACUUAAAAACAGUGACGGCCGUCACAGCUCGGAAAGAACCGAAGCAUGAGCAUUGUGCCACGUUCCCCAGUGAUGCAUCAUGUUUUGAAACCUACUUACCAAUGUGAGUUACGAAGGAGGCUGAUUGAUCUGGACUUUUUUUUUUUUUUUUAGUCCCAUAAGUGCUUGUAGCUCUCCACUUUCGACACUGUCGCAGUUUUAUGGCCACAGAAAAAAAAAAGAUAUGGUGGUUCAAGGCGUGCCAACUUAGAAAGCAGCUGUACAUAUCUAAAGUAUUUUGAACACCUUUGACCUGCUCCGAGAAGACAAGAUCGUGCGAUUCAUUAAAAAAAAAACAUUUUGUUAGGAUCACUCGUAGGGAUAUCACUGCAUAGGAAGCGUUACGCGAUACUUAGAUUUUUAGUGGUGCCAUUCCUGCCCGUGCCAAAAAUCUUAGGAACCAUAACAUGUUCACCCGACACACUGAGAUCGUUCUACUGCUAUUCAUUCACACACAGAUAUCCGCUCAUGUAUUGCUGCAAGGUCUUUGCAGGUAGAUCCACUAGGACGGGAGUUAUCUGUUUUACCGAGGGUGCACACAGUGUGGUUGUACAUAGGAAGAAGUUAAAGAAUGUUUGGGGGGCUUUGCUCCCAAAGAACGUCAGUGCCUAAGCCUGUUUUUGCGUACGUGUCGGAAGAAAUGCUUUUAUUUUGUGCAAUUUUGAGGGACCUCAUCAAUGCGGCUCACGAGAAAAUGUGUUCACCAAGAGAGAAGCUACUACGUGAACAAAGCAGUAGGACCCGCACCUUUUUGCCAAAUGAUCUCCGUACCCGUGUGGAACCCAUUCAAAGCAUAUGAUACAUAUACUUACGUGUGCACAUUUGUAAAUAUUCCUGUACAGUUUUUAAUUGGCAGCAAGAAUUGUUCCGUUGUAUUUGGUGUUUACUCCCUGCCUGCCUCUUCUUAUAGUUGUGUUUUUGUUGGCAACCUACACUCCGAAUGUCCAACUGCAAUUGUGUUGUUCCAUUGAUUGGACAAAUUGCUGUGCAAUUAUAGUACUUGAAAUGAUGUUACACUUGUUAGACAAAAACAUUGAGACAUUUUUUCCCUCGCUUUGUUGUCAUAAAAGACAUUUUCUUGCA